CCCAUGGAACCCCUGCCCCCUGGCCCAGCAUUCCUUGGGAGGGAGCUGAGGGCAUUCGGCUUAGAGUCCAUGGCUUUAAGUUAAGCAGGGCCUGGUGGGUCUGGGGUUCUGGGAGAGAGGAAGGAAAGGAGAACCAGAGGGGGCUGGGCUGGGGUGGAUGACCCAAAGUUCAGGUGGGAGGCUGCAGGAUGCCUGGUGGUUUGGCCCUUAAGGUUGGGCAUGGCUGGAGUGUGGAGGGGUGUGCUGUGUGCUGUGCUGUGCUGUUGUUGGGGAAUGCAGGAUUCCUGUCCAGUGAAAGCAGGUUGCUCCAACCAGGGUUGUGCAGAGCCAGCAGGCGUAGCCCUGGGGCUGGGGGUAGAGUUGUGGUGAGAAUGGCAGCUAUUUCCUGGCAGAGGCAGGGCCUGAUCUGGGCCUGGGGCCUCUUACCAUCCUCUUGGGGGCCCCUGGGAGAGGUUGAGUCCCCUGGGCUUUCCUGAGCCUGGGCUAGCAGGAGCCCUAGAGGCCCACUUCUCUGAAGCUGAUGCCCGAAGCAGUCUCGGCACAGGAGGGGGGACGGGGAAUUGGUACUUGUGAUUAGAACACACCUUUUCCAGGGCCCUGAGACCUUGGUUCGCCUCAACUCAGCUCUUCAGUCCAGUCCUGGAGGUGCCUGUCCUGCCCAGGAGCCGCAGGGCACUGCGCGCCCUCCACAGCCUCGCUAGGGACUGCUAACAGGAUGAGCUGCCCUCAGCUUGGGGAGGUUUCAGCUCCAGCCCUCUUUCUGCCUCCAACCAGGCCUAGAGAUGGAGAUCUCACUCUCCUCUAAACUAUGUAAGAAUGGGUGUUGUCAGUAACCACCAGAAUGGUCUGGGAGGGUGGCCCAGCCCCCACCCCUGGGGGCACUCAAGAAACCUAUUUACCCCUCUAAACAAAGGGCAGGCCCUCAUCUCUGCCCUCCUUUGCCCUCUGCGCUUACAGUGGCUGGACGAGAAAGGGUUAAGCUUGUAAGGAGGGAGCCUAACCUGCUCCCCCCUCCCACUCCCGCCCCAUCCUGGGCACUGGCUGCAGCAGCCUUGAAAAGAUCCGGCCAUAUUCUUUAGGGGAGGGGUAGUUAAGGACCCUGGGCUGAGGGCUGGAAGCUAAUUAAGGGAAUUUGAGGAGGUCCUUUAUGGCCUGGAAGCCACCCCUCCUCAUACCCUGGAGUGAGGACCAUUGUGUGGCGCCUUUGUAGGGCGAGAACUGGAAACUCAUUACCGGGAUGGCUUUAGUGCAGGUGGUGAGGACGCUGAGAGAAUUUAACCUGGGGGGCCCAGUCCUGGAGGGAGGCAGUGUGGGGGGUGCUGAGAAAGGGGAGUGAGGGCUUCUCAGGUGCCCCAGAUUCUCGCUUCCCUGUGAGAUUCCUGCCGCUGGACCCCUCCACUCUGCUGUGGCCUAUGGCUUUUCAUUCCUAUGUGAUUGCUGUCCCAAACUCAUGUAGGGCUAAAAGCCAUGGGCUACAGUGAGGGGCAAGCUCCUUCUCCUGCAGCAGCUGCACCUCCCACGGGACCAGGUUUGGAGCCAGCCACCAAGGGGCACCAGAAGGAGGCUCUGCUUCCGGGUGGGGCAUCAGGGGAUGUGGUAACCUGGGAUGGGGCUAGGCUGUGUGACCUUGGCCAAGUCACUUCCCCUCGGGCCAUGUUUCCUCACUUUGCAAGGAAGAGACUGGGCCGGUUAUUCCAGAGGGAGAUUCCCUCUGAGGAAGGAAGGAGACCCUCAGGGUGUGCCGAGCUUUCUGAAUUGAUUCCUUCCCCCUUGCCAAGUUACUGAGGCCUGGCUCGUGGCCAGAGAUUUGGGGGCUGGAGUCAAGGGCAUCAGGCCAUGAAGACUUGGGCCUUUGCUCAGUGCCUCCAGGAAAGCUUCACUCCUUCACUCCUUUCUCUGAGGUCAGCUUGGAAUCUGCAGCCUUUUUAUGUCUCAGGAGACCUCUGGGCUCUUGCUGAGGCUGAAACAGGAACACUCCAUGCCGGCCCCGAGGGGAGAGGAGGUAUCUGCAGAGUGAAACUAGGAAGGCAGGAGCUCCCCCUGGGUGGCAGGCUGGACUCCAAGGUCCCUAGCUCCUGGCGUGCUACCCUCUCCAGGAGCUGCCCCCCUCCUGCAGUGUGUGAAGGGCACCUGCCCUCCUUCCCCCCCACCCCUGCCACCAUCCUGCUUGUCACUCAGCUUGCCUGGCUCCUCCCUAUGCCUGUCUCUGCUGUCCCUUUUAAAUCAGCCUGACUUUAUUAUCCCCUACCAUCCUGGAAGAUUCCAACAGGUGAAAAUAGAGUGCGCAAUCUGGCUGGGUUGGAAUAGGAAGCACCCUUGUGCCCCGCCUUCUAGCCACCGCCCCACCCCUUUCCAGUCCCCACUGAAAAUCAUAGAAACUACUAGAUUUGGUAUUGACAAUCGGAAGGCAAGUUUCUUAUAAUAUCUCAGAAACCUUAAUUUCGCCAACCAACAUUUACUGGGUACUUACUGUGUAACCCAUGAUUCUAACCACCCUAUCUGUACUAACUCAUUUCAUCCUCAAGGCAGUCCUACCUACUGUUAGCCUAUUUUACUUAUGGGAAGUCUGAGGCACAGGGAACUAAGAAAUGGGCCCAAGUUCAUGUGGAUAGGAAGGAGCAGAACUGGGAUUUGAACCCAUGUUGUCUGAUGCCAAAACCCUUGCUCCUAGCACAUCACACUCAUAUGGGGAGAACCAACACCAGGGCAUGGUAAAGUACUGUGAAAACCAGGGAGUGCCGCACUCACAGGAGAGGUUGUUCUAAUGACGCCGCCAUUGGAUGCACGUCCACAAAUUGGCCCUGUGGCCCAACUCCAAUCGCCCUUUGUCCAUCACUGGUUUUCCUUUUCUCACAGGAGGAGGAGGGGGGAUCAGAACAAUAGGAGAAGCAAAGAGUGGCCAGCUGGUUUUCUGCUGGGGCUGAUCCAGGCCACUUCCCCUCCUGCCCCAGCUUAGAUGGUGAAAGGAACAAGGCAUGAGAAUUGGCCAGGGUUUCUUACUUGCGCUCUGGGUUCUCUCGCUCAGAGUUCAGAGAUGACUGGCACCUUCCUCCACCUCAUUGUCCAGCUGCCCUAGGCCCAGAGUGAGCCUAUCCUAUUCCCUACCCUGCUCGGAGGCUGUUCAGGCACCUGAUUUGCUUCCCUUAACUCCUGAUUUCCUAGCUGCAAAGUCGAGUUUCAGCCAUGCCCCUUUCCUGCCUCCCACAACUGGGCCUUCCCCAGGAAUCCUGUACAGUUUGUCCAGGUAUGCCCCAGCACUGGGCUGGGCCUGGGAGCAAGGGUACAGAUGAGCCAUUCCAGAGAUUAUACCUCUGUAGAGCUCCAGCAAGGCAAGGCGCUUUGUAGGGAUAGCUGAGUAAAUGUUUGUUGAAGUGUGAACUGGAAGGAAAGAGGGAUGGGGUAGAGGUAAAUUGCCACUAGCAGGGACACGGAGCAAGCCCACAGCUCAGCAACUCAUCCAAGACAGUCCUCACUUUGCCAGGGCUGGGCCUGGGAUGCUUUUGAGGUUACAAAGGUGGAUCUCCUUUCUAUUCAUUGUCUCCUGCCUACUGCCAAUGGGUCAGGCGUGGAGAAGAUACGCAAUUAUAUAUUUCACAUAAUUGUACAACUGCACUGAAUAAGGAAGCUGUCCUCAUGCCGCUUCUCCCUGGAGGAUCCACAGAUCAGAGGGCUGUGUGUGUCCUGUUCCCUGCCUGAAGACGGCUGAAACUUUAUUCCCAGCAAUCUAAGUCUUUUUUCUUGUUUGUUUUUUUGAGUCGGAGUCUCACUCUUUCGCCAGGCUGGAGUGCAGUGGCGGGAUCUCUGAUCUCUGCAACCUCCGACUCUGGUUCAUGCUGUUCUCCUGCCUCAGCCUCCCAGGUAGCUGGGAUUACAGGCAUGGGCCACCACGCCUCUACUAAAAAUUUUUUGUAUUUUUAAUAGAGACAGAGUUUCACCGUGUUGGCCAAGAUGGUCUCGACCUCCUGACCUCGUGAUCCACCUGCCUUGGUCUCCUAAAGUGCUGGGGUUACAGGCGUGAGCCAUUGUGCCUGGCAGUCCUUUUUACAGUCCUCAGAAAUACCCAGCAUAAGGCCUCCCUUGGGAGAGUGGGCCCAUGUUUAACAACACUGAAUUCAGAUGACUCUCUCUUAUUGUAUUUGUUCCAUUUUUAGUGGAAAUAGAGUUUGACUGCUAAGCCCUAGUCCUUUCUAAAUAUAAAGACUAUUGGGGGGGCGGGAAGCCUCUGUCCCAUGUUUUGAAAGUUUGAUACUAAAGUUUGACCUUUGAGGUUCAUUCUGGCACUGACGGUCUGGUCCACCAGGUUCCCAGCUGCUGCUGCUGCCUGUCACGUUGCCCACUCUUAGGGUGGACCAGCCUCUGCCAAGCCAGGCUGGAAAACCCUGGGUGCAGGCCACAGAGACAUUUUAGGACCAUUGCUGUUCUGACCCCUCCAGCUCCCAAGAACCUCAGAACCACUGAGAAUGCUAGGCUGCCUUUGCAGUCUGAAAAAGUGGAGGGAGCUUUCUCCAUAGGUUGGCAAGCAAGAUACAAGUGGGGCUGGCCUGGCAAGCUAGAAUCUGUGGGCUCCGAAGGCCAUUAGAGGCAGAGAGGGCCUUGGCAUGUGAUUCCAGGGAGCUUGCUGAGCUCAGGCUGGAGCUCAGGCUCAAGCGGACCAAGAAGGAGUUAACCUCCAAGGAGAAUGCCGGCCUCUCCCCGACUGGAGGCCUGUGCCCAGCUUUGCUACUGCCAACUCCGGGAAGAAGUCCUGGGAUCUGUAGUUUGUGCCACUACCCACCCCUGGCCUGCCUGUUUAUCAACACUGUCUUGUAGACUACAGUUCCCAGAAACCUGCAGAGGCUAGGCUUUGGGGGAAGGGGUGGGGUAGGAGGCUCCGUGGCGGCCCGAGGGAGAGGGAGAGGGAGGAGGUGGGGAGAGAAAACCCAAUUCACCCCCUUCCUUUUUAAUUCUUUCUCCUGGUGUGUCUGCUCCACCGCCCGAGCUAAUCCCCCAAAUCCGGUCUCCUAAGCCGCAGCUGCUUCCCUUCGCAAUGAUGAAUGGCUCAGGGAGGGAAGAUGCAGCAAGGGGACCUGACUUCCACAGGGAGCCUCCAGCUGGUACUGGAGCCCUCUGCCAAGGGUGAGGGGUAAAGACAAGGAAGAGAAUCGACAGGACUCCUGCCUGCGUAAAGCAGAGAGGAGCAGAGACCACAGCCUGGCAGAGGGACUCCCCAGAUCUCUGGUGAGUGUUCCCCCAGCCUGGCGUAGGGCAUGCCCCAGUUCACUUUCGCCUGCUUCUGUGGUCUCCAUGGCUUCUGCAAAAUGAAGAGGAAGAAGGAGGAAGUUCACAGAGAGCGGGAGACGGCGGUGUGAGCAGAACCAGGGCCCCUCCAUCAGGGACCCUGCCAGACCCUGCCCCCAGUAGGUCCCAGGCCUGACCGUGCCUGCUUGUGGCUGGGGCUUGGAGCAGGAAGCUGUGUGUACAUUUUAAGUCUUGAUUUAGCCGGUGCUCUUCUCAGCCUGACUCUCACCUGAGGGCAUCAGCCUCCUGUGUGCCUCCCAGCCUCCUCAUGCCCACACCCAGUAGCUUCCAAUUCUCAGACCUCCUUGGAGAGAGGCCCCGGCCACACAGGGGAACCCCAGGACGUGCAGCAUGCCUUCUGGAGAUGGAGAAGCCCCAGGGAGUUCAAGGAGCAAAAGUUCUUUCCUGCCCUGAGAGCUUCGGGGGAUUCUUCUUAGGGUAACCCGAUCGAGGGAUGUGCGGCCUUGGGCUAGGAGAGCUGCUGCUAAAAGGGAGAGUGGCUGUGCUUGCAGAGAACCACCGGCAGCCCUGACCCAGGAGAAGGCCUGGGGUGGAAGUGUGAGACAACUGCUCAAGCCCAGGAUGGAGACUCUCCUGGGACUCCAGGACCGGGGACAUGUGUCCUUUUCCAGCCCCUUCCCAGCAUCCUCCUGGGCCAGGUGGGGCCAGGCCUGAGGUGGCCAGCCCAGGGAGGAGGAGGGCAGAGGCGGCCAGUGGCUCCGUGGCUUCCUCUGUUCUUGCCCUCCAGAAAGCAGUGUUUCCUCCAACCCUGGCCCUGACCCACCCGUGAUCACUAUCACGAUCCCUGUGCCUCCUUGGCAGCGGCACAGAUGUGCAGAGGCCUCUUCCCCAGGCCCUGACUCCCCUCCUCAGGGACUUCUUGCUGUGGCCAGACCAAGGGGCCCCUUUCCUGGACUGAGCUGUGCCCUCCCUCCAUUCUCCUAUCUCCCCUGCUUUUUUCUUCUCUCCUCAGAAGCCAUAGAGGGGACUGUGUUCAUAUGUGGUGCCUUCAGGGGAAACUCUUGGGGUAGGGGGAUCUCUAGGACUUCCCUUGACUUUCUCCCUCAUCGCCCCGCCCCUGCCAACCUUCCAGCUUCAGUCUCUGCCCUUACCCCCAGCCCAUUUCCAGGAGGUAGAAAGCAAAAGAAAAAAACAUUUCCUUCCCUCUUUCCUUCCUUCUCCAUCCUCUCCCCUCCUAUUUUGGCAUAACUUAGCCUUUUGUCUUUGAUCCUGGAGUUCUCGGGGCUAGAAGACCAGCAGAGAGGAAUGCCAGCCCCUGAGAUGCUUCAGGCAGAUUCAGGCAGACUCUGUAAGCCUGUUCUCCCGCAUCGGGGAACUUCUCAGCCAAGGAGCAAAGUCCCCAGUGACAGAGUAGCCCUCUGACAGGUAAACAGGUUCCCUGGGUAGAGAGGUCAGGGCCCCAAGACAGGAGAGUCUGGGCUCCACUUUCCUUGGAAUGUGGUCCUCUCUGGGCAAUUAAGGAGAACAAGAGGCUUCCUCGGCGGGUUUGCCCAGAAACUCGGAGAAGCAAGGGCAUGUUCUACGCAGACAGCCUCUGCCUGCCCAGCUCAUGCCCAUACUCAGGGCCUUUCCUCUGCUUUGGGCAGAUUUGGUGGGAUCCAGAUUGUCUUCACAAGGCUUGAACACAGCUUGGGUUCCUCCUUUCAUCCUUCAACUCCUUCCUUUGCCCCUACCUCCCAGCCCUAGCCUUCUACAGUCUGUUAUUUCCUUUUAUAUCCAAAGAAUUAUAAACAGAAGUCCUUCCCUCAAGGGAACAGCAAGAUUCAGCAAUAAAGGCCAGUGGAGUCACAAAGGACAGGAGAAAAACUCCCUGGUUCUUUGUCCUCUUGGAUAGUAAAGGCCUUGGCUGAGGCAAAGAGGUGGGCAGAAAAGUUACCUUGAUACAGAGGCCGGAGAGCCGCCUGGAGGGCAUACGUGUCCCUAGCGGUUGCCUGCGAGGCUGCAAUCCUAGAGAAGUCACUCCUGUGGCAGAGGAUGAAAUUGUACCCCGGAGACUCAGAGGUAUUGGGUGUUCUGUCCUGACCACACGGGCUCACCGGGAAGAAAGGUCAGGAAAGUGGAGAACGAAUGUCCUGGGGAGUAGGUGGCCGAGGAGAGCUUCCCCCACGUGCACCUCUCAGAACUUGGCAGGGAGUGCAGCUGCAGGCCUUUGGCAGUGAGCCCAUCCAGAAAGCUUCUUCCCCUGGGAGAACUCUCUUGGCUCCAGAGGGAUACUGGAUAUCCUGAGCCCUGGCUUUGGGAACAUGGGUGGAGUCCCAAGGUCAAAGUGUUCUGAAUGGAGGUCCAGUUGUCCUCUGCCUCCAAGCCGGUGGCCCCUUCUUCACCCAGGGCUGAGGUUGGGGUCAGCACUGCAGCUGAUCUGAGUAGGAGGUAGCAGCUUCUACCAGGUGCACCCCAACCCCACAUUCUAUUGUCCCUCAGUUUCCUUCUCAGAGAAAUGGGGACUUUGCUCCUUUUAGCAUCUUGGGAGGCAGUCUGGACACCUGUGCCCACCUCUAUGCCCUUGGUACAGGGAAGGCCAAAGCAGCUCCAACAUCCACAGACCCUGUACCCUGGGGCUCUGACUUCUGGCCAGGCUUCUGCUCCUUCUGGGGCGGGCCUGGCUGCCUUGCCUUCCCAUCCUCUCUCCAUGGUUCUCUCCCAGAGACUCCACCUUGAGGUGGGGGUCUUGAGCUCAGGUGCAUGGAUAGAUGAUUCUGUGAGGGAGAUCAGGCCUCUUGUUCUUGCUGCGUGAAACUGAUUCUUCCUUGCAGGCAGGUGGGGGGUCUUAGCCUCCCUCGGCCUCAGUUUUCCCCAUCUGUAAAGGGAGGACUUCCCAUGCCAUGUUCCCUCUUGGGCUUUAGGCUGUUGAAUGGAGUAUCAAGAAGUGUGAAGGGUCUUUGUGACUUGAGUGUUGUCUGGGACCCUGGCCCACAGGACCCAAGGGGCUUCUUGUCUCAAGUUGAAACCUCUUUAUUAGAAUGUCAUUUCCUUCUCUGCUCCCAGGGAAGGGCUUUUUGAAUGUAGCAUACGGGUUCAUAGAAAUAUAUAGGGAGAUUGUUAUUUUUAGAAAAAAAAAAAAAAAGAGCAAUAAUUAACUAACUGAAAUAUGCAUGAAGUAGUAGUGUGGGAUGCAAAGAACACUGAGCUGGGAGCCAGGUCUCCCAGGUUCUAGCCCUGCCUGGAAACUAAUGACCAUGUGACCUUAGGCUAGUCCCAUCUUAUUUCUGAGACUCAGGUUCCUCAACCAGAAAUCGGGGAUUACACGAAUGUCCUCUUAAGUCCCCCUUGGAGUCCAGGGCUCCAUGACUCUGGGAAUUUGAGCCUCAGUGGGGCAUAGGGUUGUGGAACCAGAGGGUCACAGGUUUCCUCUGCCCUCACAGAUGCUUUCUGUGCAGACAGCAAAUGUGUGCGGAGGGUGGGCGGACGUGGUAUGGAGGCUCUGAGAAGUGCGGGGGACAGGGGAGUGAAAGGGAAAGGCAAGUCCCCCAGAGCUUCUGCUAAAAUCCUCCUCUAGCCAGGGCCCAGGACCCCCUGCAGCUCUGCCUCUCCUCCCUCCUACAGCCAGGCCCCAGGGGAGUAAGUCUGUUGGCCUGGACUCUGACUCGAGGUCCUGUCUAGCCCAUUACAGGCACAACUCUAACGUACACUCUCGCUUUCUCUCUGUCGCAUACACACACCGUCACGACCACCACCACCUGCAGAUAGAUGCUCAAGCCAUUCUUUUUAGAUUUCAUGGGCUGGUGCCCUGCUCCAGUUAUGUAACCCAUGGGCUUCUUUUUGCACAGCUCCUCUUGUGCCCAUCUCCAUGCUGAUCAAACCACCACACCUCAUUCCUUGCCUUCUGCAAGGGGAAGUGCCUCAGGCUGGAAUAUGUCCUGUCUACAGACUGAAUGUGCAUUUUGCCCAGUGGUUGGGGAUGUGCUGGUGGUGGAAUGUGCUGAUGAUCGUUUCUGGAUGGAAAGCCACAGCACCCCAGUGUUCUGCAGUGGCUGACUCCUGACCUUGGCAAAUUGCCUCCUCUCUCCCAGCCUUCUCUUUAACAGGUGGCAAUGAGUCCUAUGCCCUCCCCACCUCACAGGAAGGCACGCAUUAUAAAGGGCACACUUAUCACAUGUGCCCAGAUAUGCCUGGAACUUUUGGAGACAGACACUUGGUUCACAACCGCGAAGAUGGGCUUUCGCCAGAGAAGGAAUCUUUGGGCUGCUUAGUUCAGUGGGCUCCCUCCAGGCUGGUCCAGGAAGUCUGGUGUUCCUCCUGAAGGUGGCUGCUGUGCCCAGCAGGUGAUCGAGCUGACAAUACCACAAGAACCAAAAUCUAUUCCCAAGGAAUGAACGUUCUGUCUCUCUGACCCAAAAGCAAAAACAAGAGAGAGCUGUCACCACCAUCACCCUGCUCCCAACACAAACACAGCCCCCCAAGUCCAUGUUGCUGACAAGGGUAUCUGGCUCAUCAGAGUGAAUCCUCUGGACCCCCAGGUCACCCCUGGAGUAGUCAGUGCCCACUGUGUCAGGGUUGUUGUGGCCAGCCCGCCUGGGUUCCCUUCUCUAAAUUUCCAUGGGAUCAGAACUAUAAUGAAAAAGAAACAGAAACCUUGGCUCUUCACAGGGGAGCCCAGGAGGUCAGGACCAUCCAUCAGGAGGGUGAGUGGUGGCUGCCCAGGGCAUCCCUGGAGGAAGUUGUCUUGCCGAGGAAGAAAUUGUAAAAGCCAAGAGCUCCCAGACCUGGGCAGCUCAGGAGCUGGCAGAAGCCCUUGAGUCUGGAGUUCAAAGGUUUUCCUCAUGGGCUGCUGGUCUGUCGCUUUCCCUUUUGGGGCAGCCAUCUCUCCUACUUUAGCUCAUUCCUGUGUUCCAUCCAAGGGGUGGGAGGAAAUCAGGAAGGGGAGAUGGCAGGACCCAGACAGAUCCUCAGGACUCUCCCAGCCUCUGUUGCCAUGGCAACACUGCUAUUUUUAUCCCGUUGUUCAUGAUGCUCAAAGCUCUAACUUCUUCUGUUCCAGAGAGGCCAAGCUGGCUUCUGCCCUCAUCCUUCAACACAGCAUCUUCUCCCAGAGGUCUGAGGAUGGGAAAGAGUGAUGGAGAAAAGGGGAGCCCACUAGGUCACCCCUCAACCAGGGGGAACUGUUUGAUGGGGUUUGUCUCUGCCCUUUUGAUCCUUUGGUUUUCUACCUGGCUUAGGCACCCAGGUUCAUGUUUUCUAGGAGAUCAAAACUCCCCAUGGUCUCCCUGAGAGACUGCUCCAGAGAAAAAAGAGCUGCCACUCAGGAUGGGUUUUUCCUACACAGGUGUGACACUGGGGCCACUUCCCUUCUUGGGAAAAUGAGAUUUCAUUCUGAAGAAUGUCCUGUUGGUAUAAGCUGACCCCUGACCUCUUAAAAGAAGAUAGAGAAUUAAGUUUGAUUAAUUAGCAAUCAGAUUCACCGGGGAAUCGAAACCAGCACUUCCCAUUCUUCUGUCCCUCCACCAAAGAACUGGAACAAAUGGCUCCAUGCCUUUGUCCAGCCUUUCUGCCCAAAGCAAAAUAGCACAUAUUCUCCAAGUUGAAAAGCAGAUCUACUCAGAUGACCACAUUUCUCUCAAGGCUUUUGAAGACAGGGUCUAAUGAAAGGAUUUCUGUUCUUUGUCUGUUCUCUCUGGCCCAGCUGCUAGUCCUUUCUUUAUGUCCUCAAUCCAUGGCAGUGGCAGGAGACCCCUGAGAGUCAAUGGUGCUAACAUUCCCCACCUAUAUACCCCUAUGUAGUUUAUUGAGAUUUGAACCCAGCACCUGGGGUGGCUGUGUUGGGUGGGUAUAUUUCACAUCCUCAAGACCAUGACCCUGGAGACAGGUCUGGAUUAACUCUGAAGUAGCAAUCUAUAUCAUGCUAAACUCCUGCACUGAGGUUCUACUUCGGCUGAACUGACUCUUGGAUGGUUAAUUUUCCUGGGGUGGCUGGGACCCAUUUACUAAGCCUCUAAUUGGUUUCAUUUUGGCUCAAGUUGCUUGGUUUCCUGAAUCUGUGCACCUGGAGUAAGCACUUUUCUGGUUGCCACUGAAAAGCAUGCCGGCAAACACUGCUCUGUUAAUUGCUGUAAUAAACAGAUUUUAUUAUA